AUGGCCUCUAGAAGUCAUACAUUUCCAGCAUCGUACCACCGCCUUGCUAAACUAGAUAGGGAGGUCCGCCCUGAGGACUUCGAUGAAGACCUCACUGACUUGGAGAGUGACGAGAGUGACGAGAGUGACGAGAGUGACGAGGGUGACGAGAGUGACGAGGGUGAGGAGCCUGAAAAGGGGACUGGAGAGGAGAAUGAGGACGAGGACAAGGCCAAAGAUGAGGAUAAGGAUGAGGACGAGGAUGAUGACCACUACUAUGACCUCAAAAAUCAACGCAAUGAACGGAAAUGGGAGCUCCGCGAACGGAAAGCCAUGAACGAGCAGCUUGCUAUUGACGCGGACAAGGAACAACAGGUUCAACGUGUGUUUGAAUCAUUCAAAUCCAGGCUUGAGAGGGGUAGAAAGAAGCGAUCUGGAACUCUCAAAUUCCACACCACCACCACCAACUACUUCCGCCUCUACUCUUCAGACUACAUCAAGUUUUGCUACGACUCCGAGUCCUAUGAGCCGACAUAUCUCGAGUUGUCAGAUGCAGGCGAGUGCUAUCCACCUCAUCCACCGCCGGCUGGGCAUCAGACAAACCUCGCCAUGAAUUGUCGUGCCUAUCUCGGUGACGCUCAAUUCGACCACACUUUCGAGGCCUUCUUCCCUCCAAAGCACGCAACUCUGGAGUAUCAGCAAAUGCAAACUUAUUAUCAUCGCAAAGGGCUUGCCAUUCAGUUCCUCAACAGCAACCAUUUGAAGGUACGAGCCAGUCGCGACUUUGUUCCUGUCAAGGACUAUAAAGAUGCUCCAGAAGCGCCAGAUAUCUUUGAAUUCGUGGGCAUCCGCGAUACCGAGAAGGAAGAAGAGGAGAAACAGCGCAAGGCUAAAGAGGAGGCCGAUGCUCGAGCCCUAGCUUCAGCCAAGCGUAAGCGCUCGCGCUCCCCAUCGCCGCGCGAGUCCUGGUUCGAGAUGAACCAUCCGAUGGGUUGGUGGAACCAGAUGCAUGGCUGGUAG